AUGUCGGACGUCGCCGUGAACCCCAAAGCCUACCCGCUCGCAGACGCCAAGCUUACCGUGUCCAUUCUCGACUUGGUGCAGCAAGCCACCAACUACAAGCAGAUCAAAAAGGGCGCCAACGAGGCCACCAAGACGCUGAACCGCGGCAUCUCCGAGUUCAUCGUCAUGGCGGCCGACACGGAACCGCUGGAAAUUCUGCUGCACCUUCCGCUUCUGUGUGAAGACAAGAACGUGCCGUACGUGUUUGUCCCCUCCAAGGUCGCUCUGGGCCGUGCGUGCGGCGUGUCGCGUCCCGUGAUCGCCGCUUCGAUCACGUCAAACGAAGCGUCGCAGCUGGGUCCGCAGAUCCAGAGCAUGCGCGAGCAGAUCGAGCAACUCCUAAUUUAA